AUGGGUGUCGCAGGCAUCGCAGAGCCACAGAACGUGAUCACUCAUCACUGGUGCGAAGGCGAAAAUUGGACGUCAAAUUUACUCGGUCAGAACGCGAAUGGCGGGAUUGCAAGCAUCUCCAAUUUUCCGGGUCACGAAGAACUCUUUUAUGUGGACAAAGAUCAGGUGAGAAUACGCAGCAUACGUCGAGAUGGCCCAAAGGGAAAGUGGCAACGUGGGAUUGACCAACUGUCGACGCCGAUUCCACCUCACGCUGGCAUCGCAUCAGUUUCCUUUUCCAACACCAUAGAGCUCUUCUACCCGGGAACAGGGAGUCGUCAGGGAUAUGUUAUACACACAUAUUCUUCCGACGCCGGCAGUGGGUGGAAUCCAAACCAGGUGCUUUCUGGGCCAGAUUGGGGAGGAGUCUCAACGAAGAGCUUGGAUCCCAUCGCAGCCUUGAGUCGAAACAGUGAGCACCAGCAAAUAUUCUGGAUUACAGCCUUGGGGGUCCUAGAAAGUCGGUACUGGACUCCUUCAUCCGGCUGGACUCGGUCAAACAUCGACAAGGCCGCAAACGCUAAUACAGCCUCCUCGAUUGUUACCCUCCAGCGCUCAUCAGCCACGAACGAAGGCAGCAAUAUGAACUUCUUCUACGUUGGCCAAGAUAACAAGAUCUGGCAGGGAUAUUGGAAAGCCGAUUCCCCUACUUGGAAGUUCAGUAAAAUAUCAGACGACGAGGCCAUCCCGGGAGCUAUCGCAGCUGUAUCUAUGCAUAGCCAGCAUCAAGAGGUGUUUUGGACGAACAGAGAGGGCAUGCUCAAGCAUGCCUACUGGACAAAAACUCAAGGAAAAUGGAUAACUGAGACGGUUCCUGGUUUAGGCGGCAGACAAUGCCUGCCUGGGAGAGGUCUUACAGUCGUAGCUAGGAAAGGCAAAGAGAGUAUGGAAGGAUGGUGCAGAUUGAGGGGAGACCCUUCAAAGCUUAUCCAUUUCUACUAUUAUUCAUCCUAG